AUGACCUGGUCGGACCACAAUCCCAUCCGCAUAUGGCUUAAAUCGCCCCUAUUCAGGUCCCGCCAGUUAUCCUGGUGCCUCAACGAGUCCAUCCUUUCUGACCCCGUCCUGGUGGCGGCGAUCAGGCAAACCAUCCAGGAUUACUUCACCACCAAUGAGACUGAACACACGUGCUGGGAGGCGCAUAAAGCAGUGCUUCCAGGGCACUUUAUCGCACUCUGCUCGGAACGGAAGAAGGCACACGCGAAGGCGGUAACGGACCUUAGCAAGGACAUAGCAAUACUAUAAAGCCAACAUAAACAGACUCUGGAUGCAUCAACAUACAGAUACCUCCUUCUUAAACUCUCCCAACUGGCUGCUCACCUGAACCACGCUAUCCAAUGCUCCUUUCAACACUUCCAGCACCUGAUAUAUGAGCAUGGGAACAAAUGCGGCAGACUCCUAGCAAAUCUGCUAAAACAACGCAGAACCUAUAUUUACAUCUCCAAGAUCAAUGACGCGACAUAGCAAAUUCACCAUCUCCCAGAUUAGAUCUUUUGCCACGUUCCUUAAUACUACAAGGACCUUUACAAUAUUCGCCAAGGAACGCAGGACACUGAAACACCUCGCAGGAGCGAAGCCAUCCAGGUCUAUCUGACUACAUCCGGGCUGCGCCAAUUAGGAGACUCGGACCGUGAGACCCUCGACGCCCCAUCACCCCGGAAUAAUUGUCACUCGCUAUCAAGAAGGCGAAGACGGGCAAGUUACCUGGACCAGACGGUCUGCCACUACUAUAUUAUAAGACCUUUCUGCCGGACCUCCUCCCGAAGCUGCACACAGCCCUGA